AUAUAUAUAUACAUGUACAUUAUUGUAUAAUGUUAAUAAAAAUAAUUAAAUUAGAAACUUAAAUUAUAGAGAAUAUGUUUUACUUGACACUUUUGUCGUUAUUACGUGAAAAUAUUUACCUGUACCUAUUGUAUUUUUCGAAAUAUGUAUUUAAUUAAAACGAGGCGCUCUAUAUAAAUAUAAAUUUGUGUGCGCGAGUCAGUGAACGAAGCGACAAGAUUCAAAAAGACGUAAUAUAUGCAUUUGGGAAGUAAAUGUAGUUUCAAAUUACAUAAUUAUAAAAUGCUUAAAUUAUAUCCUAUUCUACUUCGCUGAUCAAUCAUUUUGUCUUAUAUCAAUAAUUAUGGAGAAUGUAUGUUUACAUUGCUCUAACAUACAUAACAAUGCAAACCCAUGCGAUUUUAAAACGUACUAUGCUAUAUAUACGGUAGAGCUAAUAAUAGUCAAAAGUUACAUUAAUAUAUGUAUGUAUAUGGUUAUACAAGCAAUCGAUUUAGGCAACAUGGAAAUGUCAAACCAACGAAUAAAUUUUGCAGAGUUCUCUGCUUGUCUGAUGGGUCAUUUUUUUAUAUUCCUGUCUCUCUCUUUCUCUUCCGCUCUUUCUCUCUCACUCUCUCUCUCUCUCUCACUCACUCACUCACUCUCUCUCUCUCUCUCCCUCUCUCCCUCUCUCUUUCUCUCUCCCUCUCUCCCUCUCUCUUUCUCUCUCCCUUUCGUUCAUCCUCAUCAACUGUAGCUUCUUCUUCUUCGAAUAAUAUAAUAUUCGGCGAAAGCGAUGUCCAAAGUUUCGUAUAAAAGGGCAUUCGUGUCACACAGAAACCACAUUCGAAAUCUCAAUCUCUUCCAUUGGAUUCGCAUCUGGUGACAACCAGCUAUCUUUCAAAAUGAAAUUUCUCGUAGUGAUCUCUGUUGCUAUGUUGGCUAUGGCUUCGGCUGAUGUGGCUGAGCAUCAACCAGUUAUCGUUAAACAAUCUCAAGAUAUUUCGCCUGACGGAUCCUACUCUUAUUCCUACGAAACAGAUAAUGGAAUUUAUCAUUCUGAAAGUGGAACUCCAGUGGUGACAGAUGCAAGGAGCGCACCCGUUGUUGUUACCCAAGGAGAGUAUCAAUAUACAUCCCCCGAUGGUACACCAAUUAAGGUGACAUAUGUUGCCGAUCAUAACGGAUUCCAACCACAGGGCGAACACAUUCCAGCUAUUUCUCCAUUGAUUCAAAGGGCUCUUGAAUACAUCAGAACGCAUCCACCACAAGCCGACCAGCCUAACCUAUAAAUUCACGUUCCGCUUCCUUUACCAACUUCCUCCACGUCGCCAAAUGAGAUUACAUUUUGUACAUAACAAGUGCACGAUAAUAAACAUUUAUUGAAAAUUCUUAUGAUAAAGACAUUCUCCUUAUCGUUCUUUGCUUUAAAUACAUAUACAUAUAACAAGAAUUACGUGUAUAACGUACAUAUAAUUAGAACACGUAUACAAUUUUAAAUUAAAGUAGAGAAACACUUGAUAACACAAGUGCGAGUUGUUACAUGUUACACACUUCUGCAUAAUUAGGCUCCAAAUGAAAUUAGCCGUCAUUGUACUAGAACAACACUUGCUAAUGUAGAAUGAAUAAUUAAAAAAAGUAUCUUGAAUUUGAAAUUGCUGUAGAUAAAAUACUUCCCCAAUAAUUACGUUUCACGUUCAUACGUUACCUACGUAUUCUAUAUUUAUAAAAGUUCAUUUUUAUUUAUUCAUACGUCAUCGUUCUAAAACGAAAAAUAGAUUUUAGAAAACUCAACAGAUCUAGUAUAAUUUCCUUGCUUUUCUAUAUCACUCUUAAUCGUUUCAUUAUAAAGUAGAUAUCACUAUAGUAGUACAACGUCGAACGCUCGCUAUAUUCUAAAGCUUAAAAUUCCGACAAUUGUUGGCAAACUCUCGCCAAUGACGAUGCGCAAGAGCGAACGCAGCAUUUCUGCUGCGCGGUGU